GCCUCCGUUCUCACUCACGCCCCUCAGCCUUCGUCGCUCUGUUUCGAGCACUCGCUCCAUGGCGGGAGCGGCCGUCGCCUCGCCCCUCUGCGCGUGGAUCGCCGCCGCUGCGUGCCUGUCCUCCUCGUCGUCUCCAGCCACCGCGCGUUCCGACCAGACCCGUCGCGGGGCGCGUCGCGUGGGCGCCGGGCCUAGGAGGAGCCGCUGCUUUCCUGCCGCGGCGAUCCCGUCCGGAGGGCUUCGUGGCUCCGGGAUCCACUCCCUACUUAGAUCCUACCUCGCCUUCGAGCCCUGUCCCGACUUCUACCGGUCCUGCGGCGUCGACGGUCACGGCAAUCGGUCGUCGCUAAUUGGACCGUGGAAGGCCGAUGUCCAUCGACGGCGCCCGCGGAUGUCCGCCGCCUCCGGGAAACUGAUAACAGUUGCCUUGGGGUCAGCCAAGGAACUUGUGGGGAAUAAGAAUCUGAGGCGGGUUGUUGUUACCGGCAUGGGUGUGGUUACUCCUCUAGGCCAUGAUCCGGAUAUCUUCUACAAUAACCUCCUCGAGGGCAUCAGUGGCAUAAGUGAAAUUGAAGCAUUUGACUGUUCCAGUUAUCCCACGAGAAUUGCUGGGGAGAUUAAAUCGUUUUCUACAGAUGGGUGGGUGGCUCCCAAGCUAGUGAAGAGGAUGGACAAUUUCAUGCUUUACUUGCUUACCGCUGCCAAAAAAGCAUUGGAAGAUGGUGGAGUCACAGAAGAGGUGAUGAGCCAGUUUGAGAAAACUAAAUGUGGAGUGUUGAUUGGGUCUGCCUUGGGUGGAAUGAAGAUUUUCAAUGAUGCACUUGAAGCUUUGAGAGUCUCAUACAAAAAGAUAAGUCCGUUCUCUGUGCCCUUGGCAACCACAAAUAUGGGCUCUGCAAUGCUUGCAAUAGAUCUGGGUUGGAUGGGCCCAAACUAUUCUAUUUCAACUGCAUGUGCAACGAGCAAUUUCUGUAUCUUGAAUGCAGCCAACCAUAUUAUACGAGGUGAAGCUGAUGUGAUGCUUUGUGGUGGAUCUGAUGCUGCGAUCAUACCUAUCGGAUUAGGUGGUUUUGUGGCAUGCAAAGCACUUUCGCAGAGGAAUAAUGACCCCCAAAAAGCAUCACGCCCCUGGGACGUUGAUCGCGAUGGAUUUGUGAUUGGGGAAGGGGCUGGCGUGCUACUGUUGGAAGAAUUAGAGCAUGCUAAGCAAAGAGGUGCAAAAAUCUACGCUGAGUUUCUAGGAGGAAGCUUCACCUGUGAUGCUUACCAUGUGACAGAGCCACAUCCUGAAGGGAGGGGAAUAAUUCUUUGCAUUGAGAAUGCUCUAUCAGAAUCAGGAGUGUGCAGAGAGGACGUUAACUAUGUAAAUGCCCAUGCAACUUCAACGCCCUUUGGUGAUUUAAAAGAAUACCAAGUUCUUAGUCAUUGUUUUGGAAGUAAUCCCGAGCUGAAGGUGAAUUCAACAAAAUCCAUGAUUGGUCACCUAUUAGGAGCUGCUGGGGCAGUGGAAGCUGUUGCUGUAGUGCAAGCUAUUCGAACAGGUUGGGUCCAUCCUAACAUUAACCUGGAUAAUCCAGAGGAAAGUGUGGAUGUGGAUCGGCUAGUCAGUUCACGGAAGGAGAGGUUGGAUGUGAAGGUAGCACUGUCAAACUCCUUCGGUUUUGGCGGCCACAACUCAGCGAUCCUACUUGCACCUUACAAAUAACAGAAAAAUGGUGCUUCAGGACACAGCUCUGGACUGCAUAUUCCCUUUACUACAAUAUAUUUUCUGGUUAUUGAAUUGUCUAUCUGAUACAUGAAUAAGAAGAAAAAUAAAUGAGCUAGAUGCAAUGUAAUGCUAUUUGUUCUGAGAUGCAAAUGUUUCUCUUUUGAGAAGGAAGCCUCAAAACUUAACAUGAGAUUUCUGUUUCUAUUGCAUCCAA